AUAUUAUUUACAUUUUAGUUGAAACCAAAAUAAAAUAUAUAAAACCUAAGCGGUUUGAUCGUUCCUUUACAAAUUUCCGAUUUUAACUCUGCUUAAAACCGCGGGAAUCUGCAAUACAGAGCAGAUCUGAAUCUGGUGGCAUGAAUCUGUCACAAUGAAUUCAGUGUGUCUUACACCAUUAUUGAGACAGGAUUUCUCUGUGUAAGAUGUCAGCUGGUUCUCCAGCUAACUGUGAGAGAUUUUCCUGGCAGUCUGUUCCAUCCCUUUUGUCUUUAUGUAUUAACUUCGUAGCUGACAAUUUGGACUUGGUUGAAUCAUUCCAACACUUUCCUGACCUUCUUGGUAAAGAAAUCUUCCUUGCUGCCGAACGCAAUGAACAAUUUGCUCAACCAGAUCCCACUGUUAUCCAACGUCUUGAACUCUUUUCCAAAGCCUUCAGUACUGAAUUUCUACAGAGUUUAUAUUUAAGUCGAGAACAUCUGCUGGUGAACUAUUUGUCUGAUGAUUUCCUUCUGUUUGCUGGUGUGCAGUCCUUGAACCUCAGCCACUGUGGAUUAUCUGAUGACCAUGAAAUUUUAUACAAAUUGAGUUGUUUCACUAACUUGAAUACUCUAUCACUUCAAGAUAAUGCCUUAACAAGCCGCGGUUUGCAGAAACUGACUUUACCAUUGCGGAUGUUCAACCGAGGACCAAAAUUACUUAAGGCUCUUGAUCUUUCAGAAAACCCUGAAUUAACAAUCCAUGGUAUUCGCUACUUGAAAGCUUACCCUUUGCUUUGUGUUCUUAACCUCUCUAAUACAGCAAUUAGUAAAAAUGAUACCAAGCUGCAAUUACUGUCAAUGAAAGUGUGUAUUCCAGAGGAAGGUGUAUCUGGUGGACUAGAUAGCUGUUUUCGUUUACAGACUGAAGGCUGGGCAAGCAAUGUAAUCAAUACUUGGUUGACUUGGUAUAACAACAAGAGCAAACGACCUCGGUUGGGAGAAAAUUCUUUCUAUUCAAAGCAGAGGUUAAAAUUUCGACUAACCAAAUGUGAAUCCUACACCAAACCAAGAUACCAAUUGAUUUUGAAGAAGUGAAAUUUGAUUCAUUGCUCUACUUUUGUAUUUAUAAUAAAUAACAUUAAUAAUAUUAACAAUAACAGUAAUUAUAUUCUG